UUGUUAGAGAUCUACUGUGUCUGCAGUGGCUGUUGACCCAUACUGUAGUUGCCCAUCAAAUUUCAAUAAAGUUCUUAGUAUAGUCUUGCCAUUUUUGAUAUGGGAUUGUGUAUGACAAUCAAGAGACACAAUAGCCAUAAGGGAUCUGGAGCAUUUCUCUUUUGCUCAAAAAACAUGUAUUUGGUUCUUUUAUCAGUCUCCACUAACACCUGACCAUAUUCUCUUUCUCUCUCUCUCUCCAUUGCCAUUCCAUUUCAUUUUAUAUUUGGUAAAAUAACUAUGAUCUGUAGUAAAAUGUGUAGUUAUCUGGUGAUCCAGUGAAAAACCUUUUUUCCCAACUGAGCUGAUCUGGGCCUGCUACACACCAAAGGAAAACUCAUGAAUUACAGAGGACUGUAAAUGGCUCUGGUUUUACAGAUAAAUUAUCGCAUCAUGAACUAGUAUGUCCAACAGGGUGCCUAGAUAUUGUGGAGACAGAGCCAAGGAUGUUUGCAUUGCUUUACGUUACAAGUUUUGCCAUCUAUACAAGUGGACAAUCUCUUCACAACCAGCUCAAAGGAGAAAAUUACUACGCGAGAUAUAUUUGUAGCAUUCCUGGCUUGCCGGGCCCUGCAGGUCCCCCCGGAGCUAAUGGAUCACCAGGGCCUCAUGGGCGUAUUGGUCUUCCAGGAAGAGAUGGUAGAGAUGGCAGGAAAGGAGAAAGGGGUGAAAAAGGGAAUGCAGGUUUAAGAGGCAAGACUGGACCUUUAGGAACAACUGGAGAUAAAGGAGACCCAGGACAGUCUGGUAAAAAAGGACCUACAGGAUUGGUUGGUGCCAAAGGUGAAGUGGGUCCAGCUGGACCACCUGGACAUAAGGGAGAUAAAGGAGACCGAGGAGAACAAGGUGUACCAGGGAUCUGUAAGUGUGGAAGGAUAGUGCUGAAAUCUGCCUUUUCUGUUGGCAUCACUACGAGCUACCCAGAAGAAAGAUUACCAAUCGUAUUCAAUAAAGUCCUUUUCAAUGAGGGUGAGCAUUACAGUCCUUCCACAGGGAAGUUUAUAUGUGCCAUUCCAGGGAUCUAUUACUUCUCUUAUGAAAUCACCUUAGCAAAUAAGCAUCUUGCAAUUGGGCUGGUUCAUAAUGGGAAAUACCGAAUAAAGACAUUUGACGCUAACACAGGAAAUCAUGACGUAGCUUCUGGAUCCACGGUGAUCUAUCUUCAGGCAGAAGAUGAAGUGUGGCUUGAGAUCUUCUACACUGACCAAAAUGGUCUCUUUGCAGAUCCCACUUGGUCAGACAGCUUGUUUUCUGGAUUUCUCUUAUAUGUUGAUACAGAUUAUCUCGAUGCCUUAUCUGAUGACGAUGAACUGUGAUAUGGGAGAUGUCAAAACAUCUCCAAACAAACUAGACAAUCUGACACAGGAUUUGAUUUGGAGUGUAUAGGAGACAAAACAAUAAUGAUAUGAGCUGGAAUUUUAUUUUUGUUUUGAUGGGACCACAAACCAAAUGUGGAAGAAGGUUUCUAGCCUCUAUGCAGGACAUUUUACCAAAGAGCAAGGAUAACAAAAUUAAUAAUAUACUAAUGAAUGACUGUCACUCCAGACCCGGAUCCUCUUAAAGAUUAUGUUUAUAAUAAUAUUUAAACAAAUUUAAGAUAAUGUACAUCAAAUUUUAUAUAAAAUAUAUUGAGUUGUGAA